AUGGGCCCAACAGUGUUUUAUCGUUGGAUCUAUGAGAAAGGAAGGAAUUACAAUCUCUUUGCUCUCGAUGAAAAUGAUUAUCAUGAGAAUAAUGAUGAUGAAAAUGAGGUGCAAGAUUCCGCAACUGUUCUCAAACAACAAAAGUAUGCAACUUGGCUCUAUGUUCUUCUUAUUUUCAUGUCACUCUACGUCCUCUUCUACCUUACCUUGAUGACAUCACACUCUCAAACAACUACUGUUCCUUCCAUCACUCGAGAUCACUUCGAACAGCUUUAUCAAGACCAUUCAGAGACUCUUGUAUGUCCAUGUUCAACAAUCGAAUUGCCACACAAGAACUUCAUCACAAGCAACAUCACAUUUCAUGCUUUUUGUUCGAGUGUUUUUGUUAGUAGACAAUGGAUCGAAAGAUUAUAUCUGGUAAAUGCAAGUGAUUAUGGGCCAGCAGAUUUUCGAGCCACAGCAAAAUCUCAAUUUCAACUUUUGGCUGAUCUCUGUUCAAUGUCUAUGAACACAGUUUUGCAAACUCAACAAGACUUUGACAAUGAUGAAUUCACCUCGAUCAAUCUACUUCCGGAAGAUCAAGUACAAUCAGAGAUGAAUGUCGCCAUCGAUAUGAUUAAAAGUAGCAUAUCAACUCAAAUCGUUUCUUUUGUCAACUAUGUCCGAGUUUAUGUUCGUGGAAACUUUAUCGUAUCGAGUCUCAACACAAAUCUAAUGUUGUCAACCUACUUAACUGGCACCCAAUAUCUCAUCUAUCAAUUACAGACACAGUUUACGCCGGAUUCGAGCAUUUUCACUACGACAACUAGCUCAUUGAUGUGUAGUAGUCAGAAUCCUACAACUCCAACAGGUUUCUUUCCAAAUCUAGCUACGACAGCAGCUUUCACUCGUGCUGGAUGGACUGUACCAGCAGCCAAUUCAACACUUGUCAAUGGAUUUUUUACAGGAUGUACAUCUUUCGAGGCUCUUCUAGCGGGUACACUCGAUUGUCUGUAUGAUAGGCAGUGCAUUCAGCUGCUAGUCCGCUAUUUUCCAGCACUCACUCAAUUGAACCUCAACUGGACUAACUCAAGUCUAAACGCUGCCAAUCAAAAUGUCACAGUUUAUAAUAAUUUGUUUGAUCUUUUCGUCGAAGACUGGUCAACUGAAGUCAGCUAUUCACAAUACUUUAAUGAGUGUGCUCCAGUGUCAUGUUCAUACACCGUCACAGAUCAAAGAGAACUUUCAUAUGCAUUGACGAUGUUCAUUAGUUUGUAUGGUGGUCUCAUCAUUAUUCUUCGUUUGAUCGCACCAUCCGUAGUUAAACUCUGUUCAAAAUUAGAAAUGUGUAUGACACACAGAAAUGUUCAACAAGGACUACAGAACAUCCAUCCACAACAACUCAUCAAAUCAAUCAAACAACUGAAUUUGUUCAAGAACAUUGACAAGCGAUCUGAGAAUGACAUCAAACAACAGAGAAUAAUGACACGUAUUUAUCUGUUUUUACUAGCAGGAUCCUUCUUGGUUCUUCUUCUAUUCACGUCUCUUGAAACUGAAAUACUAACAAUAACUACAUCAAAUCCAUCUUUGACAACUUAUAGUAAUUUGGAGAAGUCGCAUUCGAACACUCUCCGAUGUCCUUGUUCAAGUACAACAAUACCAUACGAACAGUUCAUGACAUUAUCACCAACAUUGCAUCAAGUAUGCUCCAGUGAUUUUAUCACCACUAGUUGGCUCGCAAUACUACAGCUAGCAACUGAUUAUCAAUUGGAAGAUUGGCGCAAUCGAGCUUAUUCACAAUUUCAAUUGUUAUCCAAUCUUUGUCAGCUAGCGAAGAACACCAUCGAUGAUGCUGUUCGUCGUUUUCUUGUACAAUCUCUAGUUGUUUCAAGUAUUCUAACCGAAUACGAGUUUAACAUACAAAUAAAUGCAAUACUCGAUCAAUUUUUCCAAUCUACAAUUCGCUCUUUUGGUUCCCUCAUCAAUAUUACAACGCUUCUUACACAAAUUGAUCAAUUCUACAUGGGAGCAAGAGGAACUACUAGUUGGGCUACGCUGGACGAUCCAUUUCUGGCGAUAAAUUUUGUUACAAAUAAUAUAACUCUGAACCAAUCGCUCCAGGUCAUUUUUAAUCCACCUGGAACUCGCUAUGUCAAUUUAUCUGGCAUCAAUUGUGUGUGUGCUACUAAUGCUUCGUGUCAAGCUCCAGUUGCGAUUUAUCAAAUCGAUUAUGCUUGGAGUAGCCGUGUGACUUCAUACGUGGUAUACAUAGUGCCAGGAUUAGCUCGAAGCUGUUUUACAUUCAGUUCUCUCAUGUUUUCACAACUUCUAUGUUUAUAUGCAGACUCGGACUGUUUUUCAAUACUAUUGAGUUACAUAAAAAGCUCUUAUUAUCAAAGUGUAUUGAAUCCAGCAUGGUUCGAUCCACGUCCUCUUGUUUACGAUCCAGCCGAGAGUCGUUUUCCACCAAAUACAACAAUAUCAUCUAUAGUGCAACAGAUCAUGGUCGAAAAAUGGAAUCCAUCAUAUUCAUACAAUCGCUUUUAUCAACUGUGUGCGCCAAACUAUUGUACUUAUUCGAAUAGAAUGCGUGUUCGAUCUAUCGUCGAAGUAUUCGUAACAUUCAUAUCGACAAUUGGCGGUCUUACUUUUGCGCUAAGUUUAAUAGUACCAUUAAUCGUUAAAUAUAUACACAGCGGCCUACAGGCUUUUAUUCAAAAGCGAAGACAACAACAGGGUAAUAAUCAAAUUAUAUACAUAGAAUAUAUGUUUCGCCGAAUUCCUCAGCAUGGGCUUGAAAGACUAUUGUUUUGUUUUGUUCCAUUCAAAGUUCGUCGACGCGACUUUUCUCAACUAAAAACAACUGUGAAAAAUGCCAUCUCGAUAGGCUACAGUUCUGCAAUUAAUCUCAACAUUUUUUCACCACGAGAUCUUGGCAGUAAUACAGAUCGGGUAACUGCCAAACAUCUUGGUAAAUGGGCAACACGUAUUUACAUUGUCUUAUUCAUUAUUGGAUUGUCGAUUCUGACUUUAUACGCUGCUUUUACACCUCAAACUAUCACGAAAAUCUUCAACAAACCAUCAUUCACAUCUUACAAUCAACUCAAACAACAAUACGGAGAUCAGCUCAAGUGUUCAUGUUCAAUCAUUGCAUCGAAAUAUGCUCAAUUUACUCAGAUCACGCCAGCAUUUCAUCAAAUAUGUACAAGUUCAUUUGUCUCAGAUCAAUGGCGAAUGGAUGUCACAGGUGAUCUCAAUGCCAAUCUUUCCACAUAUGGACGAACAGAUUAUCGGCGUUUUCUUCCCGCUCAUCUGCAGUAUCUACAAGGAUUAUGUUAUCUGUCCAUUCAGUCAAUUGAAAACUCAAUCGAACAGUUUCUCACUUCACUCUUCAUCACAACUGAACUUUUGUCAAGCGAAAACUUUCAUACACAACUCAAUUUCUCAAUUGAACAAAAGAGAUCAGCUGCUCCCAAACCAUUCAUUCGUCUUUUGUCUCUCAUGCGAAGUAUCAAUCACGGCAACGCAUUCAUCUCAACUUAUGGAACAAAUUUUGAAUAUAUCUCUCCUUGGUAUUACACGACCACAUCUUAUCCUUAUAUUCCCAACCAGGCGAUCAUCUAUGACAACAAUUGCUCAUGUGGAAUGUAUCCAGACUGUACCACUCAAGCCAAUUUCCUCAAAGACAACUUCAUUGUGUUGGGUAAGAUCAAAGGUUUGAAGAUGGGUUGUACACCAAGUGAAUCUUUGCGUGCAUCCACUCUUGAAUGUUUCUAUGAUCAAUCAUGCAUUGAUAUGAUCAAUUCCUAUAAAAAGUCAUCUAAUUCAUCCAAUUCUUCAGUUCCAUUGUCAAUCGCAUCGAGUCGAUUCUUCAUGAACACGACUGUUGCCGAACUGAUGAAUGGGUUGUUUGUUGAACAAUGGGUAUCAACAAUCAACUAUUCAUCCUACUUUGAUCAGUGUUUACCCUUACUAUGCACUUACACUUACAAUGAACAGUUCAAUGUGCUUUAUUUGGUGACUGUAUUGAUUGGUCUUCAAGGUGGUUUGGCAAUCGUUCUUCGAUGGAUUUGCCCAAAAUCGAUCCGAAUCAUGGCCAGUGUGCAACGAAACCGAAGAAAUCGAUUAAACAAUGCUCAAUCCAGCAUAUGUGACAAGUCAACAACCGUUCAAGUUAUAAAUGUUCAAGUCAAUAGUUUGACGUCUAGUGUGAAACAUCUGCCCACUAUUCCAUCCAAGAAAACAGUUGAGUUAUCAAAUCGUCGAUGUUUGAAAAUCAUUUUGGCAUGUAUACUGCUGUCGAUUAUUGUAUCGGCUCUUGUUAUUUUCUCGAUCUACACAAUUCGACAAGGUCGUGACAAUGUUAUUUCCACAAGUAUGAUAUGUAUUGUAUUUCUGUGCAUUUUGAUAACACAAAUCGAACUCAUUGAUGAUUUCGCUGAUUAUGUUCACUUUUUGUUACUAGCAUCUGCAUCGUUUGUGAUAUCCAGUACUGUAUCGAGCACUACAACAACAACUACCACAACUACUACGACUACUACAACACACGUGCCCAUCUGCCAGCUGAACUUUCAACCAACAAUCAAAUAUAGAAGCGGCGCUAGUACUGGUCUCAAGUCGCCUGUUGUUGCUGAUUUCAAUGGUGAUCAUCUAGUUGAUAUCGCAUUUUUCAACUACUAUACAAGCAGUAUUCAUGUAUUAGUUGGCGAUGGAAAAGGAAAUUACACAGCAGAGCUGAAAACGUAUAUAGGAACAUUUACCACUUGGUAUUUUAGUAUGGCUGUUGCUGAUUUUAACAAUGACAAACUACUUGACAUCGUAUUGACAAGUGAGAAUCGAGCUUAUGUGUACAUGGUGUUUGGCAAUGGUAAUGGCACAUUCCGAUCAUUGGUAACAUUCUUUAUGGGAAAUGCAACGAACCUCCGAGGAGUCGUUGCCUACGAUUUCAAUGGUGACAAUAACUCAGACAUCGCUGUCUCUGCUCCAGGAUUCAACAUAAUAAUUGUGUUGUUGGGUAAUGGUGAUGGAACAUUUCGAAACAAGACUACAUACUAUGCGGGACGAAAUGCUCAGCCAUCAUCGGUAGAUUUAGGUGAUUUCAAUGGCGAUGGGUAUCAAGAUAUCUACUUUAACAAUAUUAUGAUCAGAAGCAUUGGUGUUUUGCUCGGUAGAGGCGAUGGUACGUUCGCUGAUCAAGUAUCAUCGUUCGCUGGUGGAUCGUACUACCCAUCCUACAUUGCCACUGGUGAUUUCAAUGGCGACAAUCGAGCAGAUGUUGCGGUUUCUUACAGUGGGGGAAAAAGUGUUGGAGUUAUUCUUGGAUACGGCAACGGAACUAUGGGCCCUGUUGUUAAAUUUCCCACAGGGAAUCGAACAUACUACACUCGAAUCACUGCAGGUGAUUUCAACAAUGAUGGAAUUUGGGAUAUUGUCGUUAAUCCUAUUACAAGAUCCGUUGUAUUUGUCUUAGUGGGAUAUGGAGAUGGAAACUUUGACACUCAACUGGUGUUUUCCACUGGCUUGAGUGGUGGUUAUAGCUGGGUUGUUCCUGCAGAUUUUAAUAACGAUGGAUGUCAGGAUAUUCUUGCUUCGGAUGACGCAGCUGGUGCCGUAUUCGUUUUGAUGAACACCUGUGCAUGUCAAAGAAAUCGAACGAUGUCGAUGAACACAUAG